AUGAAGCCUUUACCGCCUCAGAUUGUUUCGGUAUAUCUGUGUGGACUAGCCUACCUCGCUCAAUAUAGCAGCGCCAAUAGAAAGCUCGGUUCGCCUGAAGGUGACGACGCCUUGAGGAGAAAGGAGGAGGCGGUGGUGGCCGUCGGCUGGAAGAUGCGCAACUUCGAGCAUCCUCAGACGACCAGCCCGCUUCGGCUCAUCCACCACCCGGACACCGGGCAGCGAGGCGGGCAGCUUGGCCUGGAUACCCGAGUGAGGAGGACAGCAGAGCAGACAGCCACAUACCCGUCCACGCAUAUUGCCCAGGCUACCUUCCAGCUUGAUGCUUUCGACUCAUCCUUCAUUCUUGACGUUGAACUAAACCAUGAUCUGCUCUCCUCCCAAUAUGUGGAACACACUGUUGAUGGAAGGGGAACACCUGUUCAGUCCAGGGUUGGAGAGCACUGUUAUUACCAUGGCAAAAUCCAAGGAAAUGCAGAAUCCUCUGUGGCCCUUUCAACAUGUUAUGGCCUACAUGGCAUGUUUUAUGAUGGAAACUAUACUUACUUGGUUGAACCAGCACCAAGGAAUGAUAAGAACUUAUUGAACGAGACUGAGCCUCAUUUAGUUUACCAGGUUGCUGGCCGUGAUGUUCCUUUGCAGCUUCUACUAUCCGAUGUUGAAAGGAAUGAUCUCUUUGAUGUUAGGCAAACUGCACUUUUGAGGAAGAAAAGACAGAUAUAUCGAAUACGUCGGAAUGUUCAAGAUGAGACAAAGUACAUUGAGCUGAUGGUUGUUAAUGACCAUUUUAUGUUUAAAAAGCAUCGUUUAUCAGUGGGCCUCACAAACAACUUUGCAAAAUCAAUUGUGAACAUGGCAGAUAUGAUUUUCAAGGAACAGCUCAACACCAGAAUUGUACUAGUUGCUAUGGAAACCUGGUCAGUUGACAACAAGUUCACCAUAGAUGUGAACCCUCAGGUAACUCUACGAGAGUUUAUGAAGUACAGGAGAGAUUUCAUUAAAGUGAAGAGUGAUGCCAUUCAUCUAUUUUCGGGUACUAUGUUUAAAAGUAGCCAGAGUGGAGUAGCAUACGUUGGUGGGAUUUGUACGCAAUCUAAAGGUGGCGGAGUGAAUGAGUUUGGAGCUGCUGGUGCAAUGACUGUCACACUUGCUCAGAGCCUGGCCCAGAACCUUGGCAUCUUCCCAGAUAAGAAAAGAAUGAAUGGCGAUUGCACGUGUGACGAUAAAUGGAUUGGGUGCAUAAUGCAAGAUUCCGGGUUUUAUCUUCCACGGAAAUUUUCUAAAUGCAGCAUAGAAGAUUAUCAGGAAUUUUUGAACAAUGGUGGUGGUAGCUGCCUCUUCAAUAAACCUACCCGCCUUCUUGAUCCUCCGGAGUGUGGCAAUGGAUUUGUAGAGGCAGGAGAAGAAUGUGACUGUGGCUCAGCAACUGAAUGUAACAAGGAAGGAGGAAACUGCUGCAUCAAGUGCACUCUUAUGAAAGGAGCCAAAUGCAGCAAUGGACUCUGUUGUAAAGAAUGUCAGUUUCAACGAAAUGGAUUUGUAUGUCGCCAAGAAGUAAACGAUUGUGACAUUCCUGAGACCUGCACUGGAAAUUCUAGUGAGUGCCCACCAAAUGUGCAUAAAAUGGAUGGCUACGCCUGUGACAAUGAUCAGGGACUUUGUUAUGGUGGAAGAUGUAAAGCUAGAGAGCGACAAUGCAAAUACGUGUGGGGAGAAAGAGCAAGAGCUGCAGACAAAUUAUGUUAUGAGAAGCUUAACAUUGAAGGGACCGAGAAAGGAAACUGUGGCAAAAACAAAGACACCUGGAUCCAAUGUAAUAAACAAGAUGUACUUUGUGGUUAUCUGUUGUGCGAUGAUACCACCGGGGUGCCAAGAAUAGGAGAACUCUCAGGUGAUGUGACUAUCUCAACCUUCUUACAGAAACACAAGCAUAUCAACUGCAGUGGUGGCCAUGUCAUGUUAGAUGAAGUCACUGAUCUGGGAUAUGUGCAAGAUGGAACCCCGUGCGGACAAGACAGGAUGUGCAUCAAUCACAAGUGUCUUCCUCUGAAAGCAUUUAAUUUCAGUACCUGCCCCGGAACUAGUGGUGCAAGAAAAUGUUCAGGACAUGGGACUUGCAGUAAUGAAGGAAAGUGUGCCUGCGAUCUACAAUGGGAUGGCGCUGACUGCACUAUAUAUACACCAAAGACAAUUAUAUACAAUGAUUACAGUAAAAUAACUGUGGCCUUAGCUGGUUUAGGAUCAGUUCGAACCAAUAUUAUUAUAGGUGCCAUCGCAGGGACCAUCCUGAUGGCAAUUCUAGUCUUGGCUGUUGCAGCAUUAUUUUACAAAAACUAUCGAGAAAGAAGGCAAAUGCCACAAGGAGACUAUGUCAAAAAGCCUGGGGAAGCUGACUCUUUCUAUAGUGACAUACCUCCUGGAGUCAGCUCAAACUAUUCAGCAUCUAGUUCUAAGAAAAGAUCAAACGGGCUUUCUCAUUCAUGGAGUGAACGGAUUCCAGAUGAAAAACAUAUUCCAGAUGUUUGCGAAAAUGGUAGACCACGCAGUAACUCCUGGCAGGGGAACUUAGGAGCCAACCGAAAGAAAAAUAAAGGAAGGAAAUUUAGACCGCGUUCUAAUUCUACAGAGACUUUGUCUCCUUCCAAGUCACAUUCUUCAUCCAAUGGGUCCAUUGCUUCUAGUAGGAAAUGCCCAUACCCAAUGCCACCUCUUCCGGAUGAAGAGGCAAAAGUUGGUCGACAAAGUGCACGGCUUUGGGAGACCUCCAUUUAG